GAAUGCAGCGUUCAGCUAUCAGGUUAGGUUCGUAGAAUAUGAAUCCAUAUGAUUCAUAUGUGUGAAACAACAGUUAUUGUUUGAAAGAAAAUUAUAGUGGUAUUAUACGUUUAUUUUAAUUAAUAUCAAAAGAGAAAGAGAGAUAGUGGAAGAUUUUUAUUCAGAGAUAAUAUUAUUUUGCUUAAAUUAUUUUAAUAAACACUUUAUUCAGAAUGAGUUCUACAGUAAAGAAACAGUGUCCCUUUAUGGAGAAAUGUUAUCGGAAAAAUCCAAUUCACUUCAGCGAAAUGUCACAUCCUCAUUUGGAAAAAUUACUGAUAAAUCAGCUUGAAGGUACGAUAGAAAUACCAGAGGUCCUUCAUUUUGCAUGUGAUGAUCGUUUACAAUUGUUGGAUCAAUUGAAAGUAUUGCAAAUGGUGCUUAGAAAGGAAAGGAACAAAAACAGGGAUAAUGCCUUACCUACGAGUAGCUUGUCCUCUGAAACACAAUCUCUGUCUACUGCUACAUCCAAUGUUAAAGAAGAUUUGAAAGAAAAAGCAGAGCGACAUAAGAAAGCAAUGAUGGAAAAAAGGCAAGAUAAACUCAAACGGAUGGAUGCGGAAGCACAAGCACUCUCUAAAGCUUUAAUUAGUGAAGAAGAGAGUUCAGAAGGUACCAAGGCAAAGAAAAGAAGUCUGGAACCAUCCACAGCUGCUCCUUCUGUAACAAAAAAGAUGAAACACAUGAGUAUAGAUAGCAGCAAUCAUUCUAAAGAUAUCAGUCAGAAUAUCAGUGAUUCCCAAAGUAGUUCUACAAGUAAUGAACGAAAUUCGAAAACAGGAACAUCUAUUAUGGAUAUGUAUCAAGCUUGCGAUUCUGAAAAAUCCAGAGAAGAAGUUAGGAAAAAAGCUAUCCAGAUGAUGAGACGUUCAGGAUAUGCAGUAUCUGUUGUGGAGCCAGGAGAGUUUGCAUUAAAAUAUGCUCUUGCGGCACCUUAUCACGUAUUUUAUACAAGAAUCGAAAAAUCUAAGGAAACAUAUGAUCAACAAUUCUCCAUAACUUUUCCUGAGAUCCUCGAUAGAAGUCUUGGAGAAAUUGUUAACAGUCUUCAUCUAAAUUUUAUGGUAGAUGUCGGAUGGUUGUGUUUGCAGUAUCUGUUAGCUGGCCAACGUACCGACAUGAUGAUUUUAUAUGGUGAUAGAGUAGAUACUGAGAAAUUAGGCCCCAACAUUACCAUGAUACAUGUACAGAUGCCGAAUCCAUUUGGUUGUCAUCAUUCCAAAAUCAUGAUUCUUCAAUACAAAGAUGAUGGAAUCAGGGUGGUAGUUUCCACUGCUAAUUUAUACUCUGAUGACUGGGAGAAUCGGACACAAGGGUUAUGGAUUUCACCUCAUCUACCUAAGCUUCCAGAAUCCGCGAAUCCCAGUGAUGGAGAAUCCCCGACAGGCUUUAAGAAAGAUCUGGAGCAAUAUCUGAAUAAAUAUAGACACCCGGCUUUAACACAGUGGAUCUGGGCAAUACGAAGGGCAGAUUUCUCUACCGUGAACGUAUUUUUUGUAGCCUCUGUUCCUGGAACCCACAAAGAUACCGAGGCCGAUUCUUGGGGACAUAGGAAAUUAGCGUACGUUCUGUCGCGUCACGCAACAUUACCACCGGAUGCUCCUCAGUGGCCCAUAGUCGCGCAAAGUUCCAGCAUAGGCAGCCUCGGUCCAAAUCUCGGAAGCUGGUUGUCGAAGGAUAUAAUACCGUGCAUGUCAAGGGAGAGCACCAAGGGCCUAAAGAGUCAUCCAAACUUUCAAUUCAUCUAUCCGUCGACAGAAAAUUACAAGCACAGCUUUGAUUGUCGAAAUUUGUCUUGCUGUUUGCCUUACAGCGCGAAAGUGCAUUCCAAACAACAAUGGAUAGAAUCAUAUUUGUGCCAAUGGAGAGCCAAGCGAACAGGACGAGACCGCGCAAUGCCUCAUAUUAAAUCUUAUACGAGAAUUUCGCCCGAUUUGAAGAGCAUUCCCUGGUUCGUGCUUACUAGUGCGAAUCUGAGUAAAGCUGCGUGGGGAGUUCAACGAAGCAAUCAUUAUAUAAUGAGCUAUGAGGCCGGUGUUAUAUUUAUACCAAAGUUUAUCACCGAGACAACGACAUUUCCUAUUGAUGACGAAGAAGACCCAGCUGUUCCUGUGUUUCCGAUUCCGUACGAUUUGCCGUUACGUCGAUACGAUUCCAGCGACAGUCCCAUGGUCUCGGAGUUUUUCGAUACUCUGUGUGAACUCUAAUUUCUGAGAUAAACAAUGUUUUUUUAGCUUCUUUCUUUUAAAUCAUGGAAUAUUUUUAUAUUGUAAAAAAGAAGAUUCUCACAAAACACUCGUUAAUGACGCAUACAAAUUUGCAUUUAUUUAUAUAUAUUUUUACAAUAUUGUGGAAUAAUAAUAAACAUCUUUAUUCUCUUCCUCAGCAAAA